GCUGCCUUUCAGUGUCACCCAUCAGUGCCAGCCAGUGCCACCUAUCAGUGCCAUCAGUGCCACCUAACAGUGCCAGUCAGUGCCGCCUAUAUCAGUGCCAUAUAUGAGUGCUGCCUUUCAGUGCCCAUCAGUGAUGCCUGUCAAUGCCCAUCAGUGCCACCUACCAGUGCCUCCUUAUCAGUGCCCAUCAGUGCCACCUAUCAGUGUCCAUCAGUGCAGCCUAUCAGUGCCCAUCACUGCAGCCUCAUUAGCACACAUCAGUGAAGGAGAAAAAUCACUUAUUUACAAAAUUUUAUAA